GCAUUAGAAGAAACAAAAAACACCGCAGCAAGAUAUGAUAAACUCUGUGUUGACCCUGACACGGGCCAACUUUUAUUUACUGAGUUUAAGCAAACUGAAGCAAAAGGCACCUCUGAUAAUAACGUGUAGGUUUCUGUGGGUUGAUCAGUGGGCAGAGAGCGAGGAAGGGGGGAGGCGUGUCCCGGCAGCUCCAGCAGCCUCCUGCUUCUGUUCCGCACAUCAGAGCCGCCUGUUCCGACGUAAGGACGCUGUUCUCCUCCUCUCCUCUCCGGAGCAACAGCAAUCUGCCCCGGGGGAGAGGAACGAGGACCCGGCAUGCAGCUUACAGACACACCGCUGAAGGACCGGGACGGGAUGUGAAUUUUUGCUGAGAACUUUGAAUGAUUCUUUAAGAAGAUGCAGGUUUUUCCUGAAUGAUCAGCUAAAAUCAGCAGAGGAAGCGCUUCAGCAACACUUCAACUGGAAUUAGGAAUAUAAACACAGAAACUUCUGUAGCAGACAUUCACUGGAAAACUUUUUUGUUUGUUUGUUUUUUUUUUUUUUUUGGAGAUGGAGCCCGAAGAGGGGAAAGUCUCGGUAUGGGUCUGCCGAGAGGAGAAGCUGGUCUCCGGUCUGACUAAACGAACCACCUGUGCCGACGUUGUGAGGGUCCUGCUGGAGGACCAGAACCUGCAGCAGGGCGCCGCAGCCGCGAUGCUGUCCGGCUCUCCGCAGUCCUACUGCGUGGUGGAGAAGUGGAGAGGCUUCGAGAGGAUUUUGCCCAACAAGACCAAGAUCCUGCGGCUAUGGAGCGCCUGGGGAGACGAGCAGGAGAAUGUCCGGUUCGUCCUUGUGAAGAGCGAAGCUUCGCUCCCCAACAACGGGCCCCGCAGUGCCGAGGCGCGGGUCGUCCCGAGCCGGGAGAGCGGCGGCCCGGGUGGGCUGCUCAAGGGCACCGCUAAGAGCUGCUGGGUCGCCGCGGCCGCUGCUGCCAACUUGUCCCAAGAGAAGCAGAGGCGCAUCGUCCGGAAGGCCUUCAGAAAGUUGGAUAAAAUGAACAGAAAGAAGGAACAGACAGUACCUAAGGAUAAAAGUUCAGUGGAGAAGAUGGAGACGCUGGUCCACUUGGUGAUCUCGCAGGAUCACACCAUCCGACAGCAGAUCCAGAGAAUCAAGGAGCUGGACCGGGAGAUCGAGCGGUACGAGGCCAAAGUGCACUUCGACCGCAUCAAGAGACACGGGGUGAACUAUGUGCAGGACACGUACAUGGUGGAGUCCUCCGCAGAGAGCCCAGUUCCAUCUGCGGACGGGAAGCGCAAAGCGGAGCACCAGGACGUGCGCUGCACGGCGGAGGCGCUGGCGCAGUUCGAGGAUUACGCGCGACGCUGCGAGGAGGUGGUGCGGCUGCAGGAGGAGGUGACGGAGCGGGAGGCGCUGGUGGAGAGCAUCACCGGGGAGAUCCAGGAGGAGCUGAACCGGCGCUGGAUGAGGCGGCGGCGGGACGAGGGAGCAUCGGAAGAUGCGCAGGACACCGACAGCACCGCGGAGGAGAUGAGCCUCUGCGAGCCCGCGGAUCCAGCUGUGGAGCCAGAUGUGGAGAGCCUGUCAGAAAACGAGCUCCUGCUGGAGGAGGAGAGGAUAAAAACCCAGCUGGACACCAGUCUGUACAUCGGCUUGAGACUCAAGACGGACCUGGACGCCAUCAGAGGGGACUUGGACCUGAGUCUGGCACUCUGGGAAACCAAAGAGAGUGAACUGUUGGACCUGCUUGCCAAAGUUGAGACCAUGGAGCUGGAGCAGGCGAACAAACAACUGACUGAUGAUGAAAAGGAAGAACUGCCUGUGAGCAGUGCAGAGGCUGACCCGGGGUCAGUGGAACAGAGCACAGGUUGGGUGGAGCAGGCUAGAGGUCUGUCAAAAGCCUGCAGCAUCAAUGAUGAGGAUUCAGACACGGGCCUGAGCUCAAUGCACAGCCAGGACUCCGACAACCCUCCUGUGUGUGAAUCACUGGUGUGAUGCAUCUUUGUGUCGCAUCAUCUUAGGCUUUUAUGCAGUUCAGUGAGACAAACUCAGUGGCAUUGAGAAAAAUUAGUCUUGGCUUCCUGAAAUAUAAAAACCACAUCUCUGUGGGACACUGCAACUCUACAGCAAUAAUCUCUGUAUAGUCACGGCACAAUAAGCUUAGACAGGAAAGCAUGUGUAGUAGAGGCUUGGUAAGAUGUGCGGCUCCAUAAGCUGAUCUCUGACCUCCAUCUUGGGUCAAAACAGCAUAAUUUUUUAGAAGAAGUAGCCUGGAGGAGUGUUAUAACUAUUAACUUAUGAUCCAUUGUCAUGUAACAAAUGCUGAGAUAAACAUGAUCACAGUUCACGGUGUACUAAUACAUCUAUAAGGGCGAUAAACAGCAGCUUCGGUGUAAAAGUCUAAAUUGGCUGGGAUGUUUGUUUCAAGAUAUAUUGGCAUGUCAGCUGCAAAGGUGAUGAAAAUAGAUCCAAAUAAAGCAGUCAUUUCAAAAUAACAGUAAAAAAAAAAAAAAAAAUCACCACUUGCGCUUUCAUAUUCUGAACGGUCAAAACUUUGGAAAAGCAAACUUGUGAGUUUCACAAAUUUGAAUAAAAACACCAAUGUUUACAUAUCCUGCUAAGCAAAACUGAAGUUUCACAUAAAGUUUUUUUUUCUGUCUAUUUUCUUCUUGGUUACAGAUUAUUAUGGGAUAGAUAUGAGAUUCUCUCAGAAUGCUCACCUGACAAAUUAUUUUACUUACCUGUUGGACUUAAAGGUGGAUUUUGCGAGCAGAAGUACUAACAAACUACCAAAGUUUACUAGCAGUGAGAAAGUUGAAAGCCUUUCUUUUAGCCAGCUCACUGGUUUUGGGCAGUAACGGGUGUUGGAGUCUUGAUACCACUCUAUGCUCCAUACAGCCCGAGAAAACUCCAGUGGUUCUGGCAUUUUCUCUGGUCUCUCAAUAAAAGGACUUUGAACCAGUUUUAGAGGGUUUGAAACAACAACUUUUUACAACUUUGACAAUGGCCCAUGUCUAAUCAUAAAUUGAAUUCAAUUAACAAGUCAGAUUCUUUACCAUGGUCAUUAAAUGCAUCCAAAACUAUUCAGCCAAUAAAAGCUAAACACUUAUUAGAUUAGGACAUGAAACUAGACAGGUAAGCAGUACAAAAAGUGGGUUUGAUUAUAUUCUGAAGCAUAACUGAAGGCUUUAUCAGUGACCAAAAGAGACAAAAGUAGAGAAACAGAAAAAAGUAUCAAAAGCAUGUAACAAUCAUAACAAUUGCUUUCAUUAGUUUAUUGUUACCAUCACAGAAUAAUAUUUUUGUAAUUCUUAACUUGUUUUCCCCACAUUUCUCCCAUCGCUAUAGUCAAUAAUUAUCUCAUGUACACGUUCACCGUGGUUAAAAGUUGGUCUAGUUGGUCAUUUUUAUAUUAAUUGUAAAAAGUUAACAUAUUCAACCUUAUUUACAUGUUCAGUCCAGCUAUAUUGUACAUUGCCUCUAACCAUUCAUAAUUAGCAAAAGAAAAGGUUUAAAAUGAAACAGAUUGCUAGUAAUUGAAGCAGAGAUCUCAUAUCUAGCCUCCAUUAAGAUCCACAAACUGUGGAUCCUACAUUUCAUGAUUCUAUUAGGUAAGACCUUCGAUCAGAAGCUCCUCUGCCUAACCUUUUAAAUCCCACAUGUCACAGUUUUUCGGAUCAACGUUAGAUCCCUCCGAUGAUGUCAUCAGGCCGGUCUAAUGGAGUCAGGAAACAUCAUAUACCUAUUUUUUGUUCCUGACUGGUAUUAGCUCUCCGGCACUGAACACUGUGGGUGAAAAUGGCGCAGUGCUCCUUUAAAUCUGUGUUUGGAUUAUUGUUGUAACAUCAGUUUUGUUGCUCUAAAGGGCUUUGUUUCCAUGUAAAGCUUCUUACUCAACCAUAAUCAAUGUGGGCCAAGAAGAAAAGGCUUGUUUUAUAUCAAGGUUCAGGUCAAAGAAUUGUUGCUCCUUUGUCAUAGAAAUGUUGUGUAACGCAUAGUGAGACAGCACGUCUCCACGCUCGUAAUCUGGUGUGUCGUAAACAGAUCCAUCUGAACAUUUUGGGUUAUCUUGCAUUCAUUCGGAGCAGACUGAUAUGACUAAAACUGUUACACUGACUUACAGGAGCAACGCUGUAUCUGAAUCUUUACACCGCUGCACGUGCAAGUCCUUCUGCGAGUGGAAACACCUGUAAGAGAAUUGGACUUCGAGAUGCUUUUUGGAACAGACCCAUUUAGUAAUCCUGCAGUCGCUGCAUGUCUGAACGCUGUGACAUUAAGGAGAACUAUUUUCAGCUAUGGUUCCCUUUUUCUUUUUCUUUUUUUUUUUUUUUACCCUGAAAAUAGUUGCUGCAGAGAAGUGUUUGCUGUGCUUUCCAGCAGAGCUGGCUCCUCUGAGACCUGCACAGACAGCAAACAUCGCAGCAGAAGUGAUUCAUCACUUUAAGGUCUUCCUUCAGUAAAAAAAGAAAAAAUACAUAAUUUACUUUGUAUGUCGUCAGGAUGUUGUGUUGUCAAGCUUACAUGUCUGACUCUGUCCAAAUGUAAAUGUGAGCAAUAGUAUCUUUGUCACACUUAGGUUGAAAAAAGAUGAUACUGUUCCUGUGGAGUUACCAAAAAUGAGCUAAUUUAGGUCUCUUGAUCAGGGAUCCUGUAGGCCCCUCACUGACAUUCAGACAUCCUUUUCUAUAUAUUUGGCACCUAGUUUAGCAACUCUGAAGUAAAAAAAAAAGCAAAAACAAACAAACAAAUUCACUGUGGAGGAAGGAUAUCACCACUCAGCUGUUAGAGUUGAAAUAAACGGCAAGAUCUGAA